AUGGACCCACCGCCGAAGAGGAUGAGGAUGGAUGCCGGCGGUCGGGUUCUCCCCGACAUGGGGCAUAUGUCCUCCGGCGUCGGCGGCGGCGGCGGCGGCUCGCCUCCCAUGAUGCGCCCUGGCGUCGAUCAAGCGCACGUCGAGCAAGCUGACCCCAGGAUACCGAAGCAGAGGACGUGGUCGCGCGCGUCAUCCGCCUGCCAGACCUGUCGCGGACGCAAGACAAAAUGCGAUAACGAGCGCCCUAUAUGCGGCUACUGCCGGAGAGUCGGCGCUACGUGUAACUACAUUGAAGACUCGGCCCCGGCCAUGUCAUUAUGCCAAGGCGUUGGGCCACGACUUUUAGGUGCAAUAGAGAACUUGACCAACCUCAUACAACGGAACGAAGAGAACUUUCGGGCCAUCCCUCAGCUCAGCCGCGAUCUGUCUCGUGACUCCAGCGACUACCCAGACAGUCCGCCAGCCCAUGCUGGACGUCAAGAGAACUUGGGACUUCUUUCUGGCCAUGAUAGCAGCAACCCCGAUGGAUCCAAGAGGUCGGGCCAUCCUUUGCUUUCGGACACAGCCGGGCUGGACUCGGUACUCGAAUGGCCCAUAUUUCCCAAACCAGUACCCUUUGCGAUAGAUCCCUUUAGUCAUGCCUCCCCUCGUGGAGAAGUGUUCUCCCCGAGAUCACCACCAGCCAUGGAGUUCUACGAGCUCUCCAGGCUGGUAGAUCUGUUCUUAGCGAAUGUCCACCCCAUGAACCCUGUCAUCGACGUGCCCAUGCUCCGCCAGAUGUUGAAGCAAGUCGCCGAGAACGGCCCUGACUGGUCAGCCACGACGUGCCUCGUCGCGCUUACGUGCGCUCUCGGGGCCAUAUCGCAAAGACCGGGGCAGAGAACACCCAGCGGGACCCCGCGCGGCUAUUCGGUGGAACCCAACCGUCAUCUGGCUUCCAGGUACUGGUCUGUCGCGGAGAAGAGGCUGGGCUUUUCCAUGGGUCAGCCUGGGUGGGAGUCGGUACAGUGUCUAUGUCUUGCAGGGAUAUGGCACAUGUACAACAUGGAUCCCUUACAGGCUUGGAAAUGUUUCAGUAUGGCGAGCAACACGUGGUACACUACCUCGCUCACGACCAGAAUGAAGCUGCAGCCCGGAAAAGCCGAGUCAACACCAGACUAUCCUCAGUCACUGUCACUAGAGCAGAUUCUGUACUUCACAUGCUUCAAGUCAGACUGCGAGCUGGCGUUCGAGCUCUCUCUUCCCGGUUCGAUCCUGGCAGGCGUAGAAUACCCAUACAACUUCCCGUCCCCUCCAACGCUCGGCGUCAUGAAUCUGGACAACAAGGCGUUGAUGAUGGAGCAACGAUCCUGGUACUACUAUCUCGCCGAAAUCGCCGCGAGACAUCUCAUGAAUCGCAUAGUCCAAGCUCAAAAGCGGUCUCCUCCGCAUCCCACGGAGCACGGCAUAGACCGGAUGCUCGAAGUUUUCGAGGUCUUUGACGCGCAACUAACUGACUGGUACGAGUCUCUACCACCCCCGAUCUCUUUUCAAAUCCCGAACGGAGAGAUUGCACCGCUGGUAGAUGAUCUGUGUCACAUGCUUCGCGGACGGUACCUCGUCAUGCGGGAAAUGCUCUGUCGACCGUUUGUGCGACUAGCCUCGACCAUUUCCAUCGGAAUCACUGUACCGGAGCACAUGGUCACGAGAGUUGCGGAAAUAGCCUCUCGAGGGCUUCAGUACUGCCUGUUCAGAAUCCAGGCCACGUCCUCUACUCCUCACCACGGACUGUGGUUGCAGCUUAGGGGGUUCGUAACUUGUUCCUUGAUCCUGACGGCGGCGGAGAGGGCACAAAGCAUCCCAUCCCUGAACGUGCCGACUAGGAUGGUGUAUCCUCAGAACUGGAAGAGAACAAUCUUGGCGCAGAAGGAGAUCCUGUCGAAUUGCUGGGAGUACGAGGAGGGAGGGAUCAGCGAUUGUGCCAGGGUUUUAGACUGGGCACUUGCCAAAUUCUCAAUGUAA